AAAUGCAAAAGCCGUUGCUGGAACUGCUGAAGGAAUAUGACAUGGCAAUAGGCAUUUUCCCUCGUGAUGCCACCAACUAUGAGUUCAAUGAAGAGACGGGAAAGUUGACUGUCUACAUACCAUCAGUCUGUGAAGUGGGUUAUAGAGAUUCUUCUGUCCUGCGUUUCUCAACUGUUGUAACUGGAUAUCUAGAGAAGGGCAAGUUGGCUGAUAUAGAGGGAAUAAAAACCAAAGUGAUGAUUUGGGUAAAAGUGACUGCUAUUACAUGUGAAAAAUCAAAGCUCCAUUUCACUGCUGGUAUGAAGAAAACUAGAAGCAGAGAUGCUUAUGAGGUUCUUAGAGAUGGCGUAGGUGUAGAUAAGUUCUAAGAUGGUUGAGUUGCUAUCAAUUAUUUGGUUGUCGUAGUACAUUUUAGAGGUAUUUGGACCUUUUUUUAGCUUACUAUCUUGAUGUUUGGUUAUUAUAACUUUUGGAAUAGUGACGUGUUUAAUGAUAUUUAUUUCAUGAAAAGUGUUCGAAGUUAAAA